AUACAGGCUCUGAUCUGUCAGUACAGUGUGUGUAUGAACCCCUCUCUCUCUCUCCUGGUGUUUCAGAUGCAGGCUCUGAUCUCCUGUCAGUGCACGGUGUGCUCAGCCUGUUUCCAGCAGCACUUCACGAUUGCAGUCAGAGACAAACACAUCAGGGACAUGGUGUGCCCAGUGUGUGGAGAGCCAGACAUCAACAACCAGGACCAGUUCAACAGCUACUUCUCUACCCUGGACAUACAGCUGCGAGACUGUCUGGACUCUGAGGUGUACGAGCUCUUCCAUAAGAAGCUGACAGA